AUGCCGAAAAACAAAGGGAAGGGAGGGAAGAACCGCCGGAGGGGAAAGAACGACAACGAGGGGGAAAAACGCGAGUUGCAAUUCAAGGAAGACGGCCAGGAAUACGGCCAGGUGCUGCGCAUGUUGGGUAAUGGCCGACUGGAGGCCCACUGUUUUGACGGAGUGCGGCGUCUCUGCCACAUCCGCGGGAAAAUGAGGAAGAGAGUUUGGGUCAACGCGGGAGACAUUGUUCUCAUCUCCCUCCGAGAAUUCCAAGACAACAAGGGAGACGUCAUCGCAAAGUACACUCCCGACGAGGCACGGGCUCUUAAGUCCUACGGGGAGUUGCCAGCCAAUGCGAAGAUCAACGAGACGGACGCCUUUGGUGAAGAAGAAGGCGGCGGGGGCGGCAUUGAAUUUCAGGACUCAGGAUCGGAUUCGGGCAGUGAAGAAGAAGAGGAGGCACCCAACAACGAUCUCGAUAUUGACGAUGUAAAAUAA